UAGGAGGAGGAGAGCUGAUGAGACGAAGAGCCUUAGGGUGGUAUUGCUAGACGGAAGGUCGAGGACAAGUUACUUCCCAUGAAGUCAAGUCGUUACUGAGAGUACUUGAAAUGCCCGCCAAAAUACUGGAACAUGGUCGAGUGUCGAGGACACGGGUACCCCCGUGUCUUCGUCGAAAUCGUGAUUUAAAUUGUUAUCAGAAUUUAGACUGAAUGUAAAAAAUACAAUAAAUUAUAAAAUAAAUUUUCGGGAAAAAAAUAUCCUAUUAGGCAGAACACUAGUGUUUCUCUGAUAACAGUACCCGUUCCGCGUUUUACAAGAAUAAGGCGUCGUGACGACAACAAGCUCCCCCCUCCGGCCUGGCGUCACGCGGGAGAGGAAGGCUGCCGCCAUUACUACAAUUCAUCAUCCAUAUACAGAAAAAGCAGCAAUGGCAGCCUACAGACACCUGCUACGUAGAGUGGCUCACGUGGGACAAUGGGAAGACCUGGCCAUCAGGAGGAGAACCCGUUUGUUCAGGAGCCGUAGGGAUCCCUUUGAAAUGUACUCGGAAGAGGAGUUCACUCAACGCUUUCGGCUCUCCAAGCAAGUCACCCUGGAUCUCUUAUCAAAAAUCCAGCACCUAUUGCCAGAUUCUACCAGGAAAAGAGGGCUUCCAAUCCCACCACGUCUCCAGCUGCUGGUAACCCUCCGCUACUAUGCCACUGGGAGCUUCCAGCUUGACAUGGGGGAUUGCUGUGACAUGUCGCUGCCCAGUGUAUCUACCUGUGUCAAGACUGUGACCAGUGCAAUCUGCCAGCUAGCAGGGGACUACAUAAAGUUCCCCAGUCCUGCUGAAGAACAGGAUGUCAUGCGACAAUUUGCCGAGGUAGCUGCCAUGCCCGGAGUUAUUGGAUGUGUAGAUGGUGUACACAUCCCAAUCAUCAGUCCAGGUGGAGAAGAUGCAGAACUUUACCGCUGCAGGAAAGGCUUUUUUUCAUUGAAUAUAAUGGGGGUCUGCAACUCAUCCAUGCUCUUCACAAAUCUGGUCGUGAACUGGCAAGGUAGUGCACAUGAUGCCCGCAUCUUCAGUGAGUCUGUUUUGUGUGCUACUCUGGAGGGAGGGCAGUACAGAGGAUACUUGUUGGGGGAUUCGGGCUAUGCCUGUAAAAGCUACCUUUUAACUCCCAUUCGAAUUCCUCGUACUGUUAAGGAGAGGCAUUACAAUGCCUCUCACAUCAAAACAAGGAACCUGAUCGAGAGAACGUUCGGGAUUUGGAAGAAAAGAUUUGCUAUUCUCUCAAAGCCAAUGAGAACAGCACUCUCAACAUCAAAAAAAAUUGUGACUGCAUGUGCCAUCCUGCACAAUAUUGCAAUCCUCAACAAACUCCCCAUUGACAUGCCAGAAGAAGAACUUGAGCCCAUCAACAUAGACAUACUUGCAGAUUAUGAUGUAGGCACUGGAAAUGCUCGCAGAGCUUCCAUUGUUGAGAGAUUCUUUUAGAUCUUCUGUGGAUGUCAAAAUGUACACCAUUGAGUGCUGGCAAUGGAACCCAGGCUUCUGGAUAGGAGUCAGGGCAGCAAGCCAACCGAGCCAUCGAUGAUUUAAAAGUUCUCCGUCUAGUCCAAGACCUACACUGCCCAUGGUGCCUCACACAGCCUAACACACCAGAACAUUUCCUGCUCCACUGCCCAAGAUUCCACUCCCUCCACACCAACCUCAAAUUAAGCAUCCCUAACCAGACUCAACAUCCACAGGCCAACUUUACAUAGAAGGCCUGCUGGGCAGCGACACCCUCAGCCCCAACACUGCCUUCCAAGCCCUCAAGUCUAUGCAGACCUUCCUACAGAAGUCCUGGCAACUCAAUAGGAUCUAACCCCUCCCCUGGUGACACAUCGACAGAAUAACAACAUCCGCUAACAUUUCCCACUGAUGGGGCUCAGGAGGCAGUGGUCCCAC